AUGAAUGUUGAUGCCAGUUUUGGAGAUGAUCUGGGCCAUGUCCACGAUUACAACAAUAGCAGUGACACUCAAGUUCAAUCUAACUUUUUUUCAAAUUUUUUGAGACUUCUCAAGUCCACAUCGCUCUGUAACAUAUUACAAUCGCAUUCUAAGAUUCUAGUCGUCGAUUCAAGGGUUCCCUUCAACAUUUGCUUGAAAUCACUAUCAAAUUACCAUCGCAACUUUGCUUUUGUAUACGACUCUGAAAAGGCGGACUUUGCUGGAUACAUUGACGAGCUGUCAAUAAUCAAGCUCCUUAAAAACUACGAUAGAUACAUCAAUUUGACCUGUUCGGAGUUUUUAAGUGUUGUUGAGGCCGAAAAUGUGCAGAAACUACCGGGAGAUGUAACCGCCUUCGAAGGCCUGGAUUUCAUUACGAAGAAUGUAUCAAAUCGACUGUUCGUAUGGUCGAACGAAAGAAAGGCCCCGAUUGGAUACCUGACUCCAUCCUGUUACCUGUAUUACAUGGUUAAAAACUUGAGAGGAAAAUGCGAUUUGCUGGACCUGCCGCUAAGCGGUUUGACGAUAAACCUGGAUUUUACAACGAUUUCAUACAAGAAUUCACUGGAAGAGGUCCUGGAUUUGCUAAUUUUACACGAUAAUUUGUGCGUGACUGACGAAAAGGGACGAAUAAUUGGAAUACUAACCAGAGUAAAGGUGAUGUUUUACGCACUGGAAGCGUUUAAAAAUGAGAUAUAUCUGGACUGCUCAACUGAAGUUGGAGUGAUACUGGAGGAAAUGGACUCCAAGUUUUACCAUAAGAUUCAGCCAUUGCACGUCGAGUCUACCACACCCUUAAGGAAGGCCGUAGUUAGUCUGCUUUUGUCCAAUGAUCGAGUGCUGGUUUACACUGAUGCGUGA